AUGUGUGCGUCUUGUCUGUGCGGCUCUGCACCGUGUCUUUUAUCAGGAUGCUGUCCUUCUACAUACAACUCCACUGUGACCCGCCUGGCCUUCUCCUUCUUCCUGCUGCUGGGCACUGUAGUGUCCAUCAUCAUGAUCCUGCCCGGCAUGGAGACACAGCUGAAGAAGAUUCCUGGUUUCUGUGAAGGAGGCUCUUCCAUACCUGGAGUUCAUGGGAAGGUGAAUUGUGAGAUCAUUGUUGGCUAUAAGUCGGUCUACAGGAUGUGCUUUGCCAUGGCCUGUUUCUACCUGAUACCCAUUGUUUCUCAUGUGUUGCAUUGCUCUUGUCUGUGCACAGAUCGUAAGUGUAACCCGAGUCUGUUGAGUCUGGUCGGCAGUGGGCCGAGAGCAGUCACUCCCACCAGCGCCCCCGGCAUCCAGACGCAGUGGUGGGAUGCCCAGAGCAUUGUGGGGCUGGUCAUCUUCCUCCUCUGCACACUGUAUGCCAGCAUUCGCUCCUCAAACAACAGCCAGGUGAAUAAGCUGAUGCAGACAGAGGAAGUUCAGGGGCUGGCAUCCGCUGAUGCCUGUGAGGGUGUCUCUGAGGACGGCGUGAGGCGUGCUGUGGAUAACGAAGAGGACAGCGUCACAUACAGCUACUCCUUCUUCCACUUCUCUCUGUUCCUGGCCUCCCUCUACAUCAUGAUGACCCUGACCAACUGGUACCAACCUGAAACAGACUACACAGCCAUGAAAAGCAGCAUGCCGUCUGUGUGGGUGAAGAUCUGCUCGAGUUGGCUGGGACUGGCGCUGUACCUCUGGACCCUUGUGGCUCCGCUAAUCCUGUCCGACCGAGACUUCAGCUAAACACAUAGAAGAUACAAAAAGUGGCCUUGUACUGAAGCAAUACACCGAAUUUACUUAUUUAGUGCUUUACAUAAGUUUCUGUCAGUCUUUAAGAUGCGCUGAGCUCUAUGCACACUUGUAUAUUUUCACAAGACGCCUUUCAUAUUUUUUGUUGUUACUUAAUCAUAAUCUGUUAACAGAUAUCCUGAACUCUACCCACUGUACACCU